AUAUAAAAAAAAUGAAGUUGAUGAUUCCUGCAAAAUGCAUCGUCGCACUGGAAAUUCGUUAGCAUUUUUUGAUACGGACAAUUUCGGUUUCGAAUAUCUUCGAAAAUAAAUGGAAUUUUCUAAUUUUUUCAAAGUGUGUGUUUGACCCCUAAAUCGCACAACUUUUCCCCAAUUUAACUGAAUUUGUAUGUUUUAUGGUUUACGAGAUCCCUAUGCUGUUCAUUCUUAUCUUGAACCACCUGUAUAGUACCCAUAAUUCUGGCAACGUGGGACAACAAUUUUUGAUUCUUCGAUACUGCUAGAGUUAGCAGUAUCGAAGAAAGCAUUCAUUGUAACCUCGUCGUUCGAGAACUAGACUUGAUUUUUUAUUUUUCCAACAUUAUAGCGUUUCGUUGGUUAAUAUUUCUGGCUAUUUUAUUACCUCAAAUGCAUGGUAUUAUUGGUAUUGACCACUUGCCGUGCACAGAAAAUGUAGGUGCUGCGGACAUGGCACAAGCCCUUCGAAUUUUGCAGGACUCAACUCCUGCAGGAUAUCGGUUAACUGAACAUCGCCCAGUGACUCAAACAGGAAGAAACCCACAUAGAUGGGUAUGCACAUUCGAAAGGGUUGAUAAUGUAUAUAGACAGGACUGCAAUUACCUAACAGACGUAAGGACAGCCUUCAAAAGAGAUUGUCCAUUAGGUUGCGAAAUAAGUCAAGUGGGCGUGCCUUAUGUCCAAAAUGCCGGUUUUAUCACCGUCGAAUUCCUGGUUAACUGUGGCUGUAGGAAAGUUCCUCGGCGCAAAAGGUUCACUGAGGGCUUUGUAAGAGAGAAAUAAA